GCACAAAUAGUGAAAAAAUCUAUAUUAAAUGUUAAAGGGAAACGCCGCCGCUAUAAAUAUCCAUUUCAGUUUUCUUCACUUUUUUUUUUUUUUUCCUUUUUUUUUUUCGGUGAUGUUCUUCCUUUUUCUUUUCCCCUUCCUUUUUUUUGUCCUUUUCGUUCGGGUGGCUGUGAUCCAUGAUAAGUUACAGCAACUGAACCCCAAACUACAUCGCUCCUGAGGUCCUUCGAUACGGGAGUGCUGGCUAUAACUACGAGGCGGACAUCUGGUCGCUUGGUGUUCUUCUAUAUACACUGCUGAUCGGACGGCCACCCUUUGAAUCAAGCAGUGUGGAGGGCACGUACAAGCGCAUCCAAGCCAACGACUACCGCGUUCCUGAAAGCUGCUACGUCUCUGCCGAAGCCAAAGAUUUGAUUGGUGCCAUUCUGAAACAUUGCCCCGAGGAGCGUCCUUCUCUUCAGCAGAUCGCACAGCAUCCGUUCCUCAUGCGUCGCAACAGGCAGGUAGCGGCGAUCCCGACAGCUGACGUGGCAGGAGGCGAAGCCGCCGUCAUCACCAUGCAGUCCACGUCGGGAUCGGAUGCGGCUGCUGCGACCGCUCUUGACAGCAGCAACCGUUCGAUUUCUUCAAAGAAAGGUGCCAUGCAUCUGCCAAUGGGAAGUGGACGACCAGAUGCAGUCGCUCGCCUUAACCAACAACGACAACAAGGCAUGAUUGCUACCAGUAGUCUGAAGCGAGGAGGGGGAGGGCGAAGUCGGGAUCCCGCAGCAGUAGCAGCAUCAGCAGCUGUGCGCCCCCACACAGCGUCGACAAGUGGUCUUUCCGAGGGGGAAGAAGGUGGCCGUCCUCCUCGGCCGCCAUCUCCGCGUCCUCCUCCUCGCAUGUCGGCCAUAUCCGAAACUAAUCAUCAUCAUCAUCAUCAUCAUCAUCAUCAUGAUCAACGGCUGCAACCGCAGCAGCAUCAGCAGCAAGAAGAGAGAAGACCACGUGCAUCAGCGUCAAGAUCUGUUUCAAGGAGAUGCGUGGCUAUGACGAAAUCCUGUGGCAGCGAUCGGCCUGCUAUCAAUCACCGCCUUGGUGGAAAGUGUCUGCAUGGUCAUGCUCCUCUUUUUUCUUCUUCUUCUUCUUCGGAGAGUAACCCCUCUUCUCCCGACGAAGCAUCAUCAGGCAAAGAGAACGUACCACCUCCUCCUCGACCAUCGACACCACCAUCGCUGCCUCCUACGAGCACCACCACUACUUCUGCUGCUAAUAGAUCUUCGACCUUAAGUAUGCCUGCUUUAGCGGAAAAGAGCAAGAGGAAGAAGGUGGUGGUCAGUGCAUCUUCUUCUUCCCCGAUUGCCUGUGUCAAGACGACAAAGCUGGCGAUGGCGGCCGGAAUGAGGUCUAGCAGUGCGGCGAUGGCGGCGGCCGGGGGAGGAGGAGCAGGUCCAAGAGGGAGGAGGCUGCCUUCUCCGAGAGCGCAAGCGGCCGCUCCUUCGUCUAUGGUAAAGCCGACGACCACGAAAAGACGGUCGCCGACCGCUUUGCUCGCCGCCGACAGCGGUACCUGCAACAGCAGCGGUAAUGGCAGCAGCAGCACGAGCAGCACGAGCAGCAGCCCGACCAGCACCAGCACCAGCAGCAGCCAUAGCAGCAAGCUCUCUGCUUCUCCUCCCAUGGGAACGACCAGGAACUGGUCCUCCUUGUGCUUGUCCCAACAGGCUUCAUCGCGUUCGUCUUUCUCUUGCAAAAGCGCGGGCAUCAAGGGAAGGAAGAAGCCGGCUAUGGCGACGGCCAGCGGAAAACCGGCGGCGAUGACGACGAGUGUUCCUCCUUUGCACGGCGAUGGCGGCCGUGGCAGACGUGGUGCGCUGUCGCCCAUCCCAGAGAAAGCGAUCGUUUCCGGUCGUCAUCAUCUUUCAAGCGCAGGAGGACGAGAAAAUGCGCCACGUGGCAUUAGCACGGUGGAGAUCGAAGAAGGAGUUGCUCCCUCUGAUCCUCCUCCCUCAUUUAAACUGGGAUCGGGAUCUGAACAAGGGUCGGGAUCAGGGAACGGCGUUACAGCGCGGAGACAAGGAGGAAGAGGGAGAUCUUCCUCUCCUCCUCCUCCUGAUGUCCCCCGUGGGGCAGGAAGAGCAGGAGGAGGAGCAAGAGGAGGAGGAGGAGGAGGAGAUGGAGGAGGUUUACAAGUGGGCGGUGGAUUGCUCGGCAGCGGGACCUGCAUGGAUGGCGAUGGCGGCACACGGUUGUUGCUGCGUCAUUCUUCCUCACCGCCUUCUGACGCGAUCAAUGCCAUCACGGAAUCUCAAUUCUUGAUGAAGAUAGAGGGAGGUGAAAAUGGGAGAUCAGAAGCAGGGGAACAUGCAACAGCAGCAGCAGCAGCAGGAGCAGCAGGAGGAGGGGGAGGAGGAGGAACAGGAGAAGGAGGAGGAGGAGGAGGAGGAUCUGCUGCAAUGGAAGAAGAGAUAGGAGGUUGUGAGGAUUCCUUGGUCAAGAAGAAUAUUGAUUUUCAAUCUCUGAAUUUAUUGGAUGAAAAGCAGACGCCAUCUCCACCGUCCAUUCGUUGCUCAUCUUCGACGACCUCGCUGGCGGCUAUGGCUCUCGUCGGUCUGGGAAGAUGUCGAAAGGCUUUCGCCUCCAUAGCUCUCGACAGGUCGUCAUCGUCUUCCUCCUUGCCGUCGUCCUCAGGUGUUGCCACAGUUCGGACCAGACCGUUAAAACGGUCGUUCGGCGAAGUUGCGGUCGCCGGAUCGGAACAAACACCUGGUGGUCGUGGCGUAGCCGGCAGAGCAAGGACCGGUCGCCCGUCGUCGACCUCUACGCUUGGUGAUCGACCUUCCCCUUCUACGCCUUCUCCUCCUCCUCCUCCUCCUCCUCCUCCUCUUCCUUCCCUUCCUGGUGCAUGUCCCCCCACGUUGUCUUCCCCUGUGUCGCGAUUCCCCCUCCUAUCGUCAUCGCCAUCGCCUCCAGCUCCUUCUUCCUGUUGGCGCCCACCAAAAAAGGCGCCAUCUGCCCAGCGAAGGCCUCUGGCCAAAACCAACCGUCGACAUCGUGAUAGCCCUCGUAAUGUCACUACAAAAGCCCUGGGACGGUUGGAGCGAUUACCAUCGGUGAGAUCUAUGGUGCCUUCUUCUUCUUCUUCUUCUUCUUCUUCUUCUUCUUCUUCUUCUUCUUCUUCUUCGACGUCGUCUACUACUGCCAUCCCUGCUUGCGUGGGUGGCCCGGCUAUGGUGGCCUUUUCUGGCUUGGAGGGACUACCAGCUUGCCGCUCCGAUCUCCUACUUCAACAACAGAGCAAACGCACCGAGCAGUUGGUUGACACGCCAUUUCUUUCUUCUUCAAGCUUGUUCGCUCAUUCUUCUUCUUCUUCUCCUUCUCCUUCUUCUUCUGGAGCUCGCAAGAUGGAGGAGAGAACAGGUGGAGGAGGGUGGUCUUCCCCUCCUCGUCCUCCUCCUCCUCCUCGUCAUCAUCAUCAGCAUCAAUCAUCUUCUUCUCCUACCCUCUCUCCUUCAACCCCGCUGAAAUCGCGUUUCCCUGCCCCGAUCCCAGCCGUUCCUAUUACACCACCUUCCGCUGCACCUCCCUUACCUCUCUCGCUCCCCAUCGGUGGGCCAAGCGGCACAAGUCUUCCUCCCUCUUCAGGAGUCUGCAGCUUUAUAUUCCCCAAGCUCCAACGACAGGAAACAGAUCAUCCUCCGAUUUCUCCAGACUCCUCUACUCCUGCAUGUAAUCAUCCUGUCAGAUCAGAAGGAGAGAGUUCCGUUCCUGUGGUCCCAAAUGUGGUCCCAAACCAUGUCGCUUCGUUGAGUUUCUCGUCGUCCCCCAUGUGUCCGCCGGCGAUGGCGGGCCUUCAAGUUGCUGGUCUCGCUGCGGAGUCCACGUCAGCAGCGAGAACGCCGGUAUCGGGAUCGAGCUGCUGCGCUGGCAUCCUCGAAGACACGUCACCAUCGGGAUCUGACGGUCGAUCCCGGCUGCAGCAGAAGCAAUUAGUGCGGAAGGCAGAGGAGCUGGCCGGAAAUGCUCCAGUUAGGACAACAGAUCGGGAUCUGACGGUCGAUUGGUACGGACGAUGUCGGUCCACGUGGCAGCUUGCCAGCAACGGAUCGGCUGUCGAGGCGGCUCGAUGCGCGGGCGGCGCAUCCGCCGAAGCAAUCGGGACGGGGACUGGGAUCGCGGCAGCGACCGCUCGUCCUGCCAUCCUCGCCGCGGCAUCCGCCGCUCGGCCCGGCGAAAAAACCGGAAGGGCUAGUGGAUCGGAAGAGGGGUUGAAAAAGGGGGUCGGAAAAGAGGGGUGGCCGAAAGAAGAGGGGGUUAUUUUAAAAGGGGUGGGGGAUGCAAAAGAGGGUCCGAAAGAAGAGGGGAUCGAAAAACCUGGGCCGAAAGAGGCGGGGGGGGGUAUGGGAAAAAAAGAGGGCUCGAAACUGGCCGGGGGGGGUAUUAAACAACAGAGAUCGCAAGAAGGGGUGGUUAUGCAACAGAGAGAGAAAGAGGGGUUCAAAGAGGGAAAGAAGAAGAAGAAGAGGUUCAUUACCCUCUCGUAUGAUGCGGCUGUUGAUGCACUGCAUGGGAGGCGCAGUCGCGCCGCCACGUGGCAGAUAGAGGAGGAUAAAGCCGUAUCCAUUCCGCCAACAGGACGUACGAACCGUUUGGAAGAAGACACGUCAGCGUCAGCGGAUCUUUCUUGUGCCGCUGAGCGUGCAAAAGGGGUGGACAUGGCAGAAAGAGACCAUCUUGGUGAUCGGCUAAUACAACAAAGCCACGUGGACAUGCCAGGAGGGGGGGGGGGGGAAGGAGCCAUGAAGAAAGCCGGAAGAAUUAGUGGACUGAAGAAGAGAAGCCUCUUCUUUUGGAUAGCAGGAGCGCCAUUGCUUUCGAUCUCAUGCGGCAGAGGAGGAGGAGGUGGAGGAGGAGGAGGAGGAGGAGGAGGAGGAAAGGGAUGGAGUUCGUCGGGAUUGGGACCGUCGCUCUCUCUCAAUAAUGCAUCUGAACCAUUGUUGGGUAUCUGUAAAACACGCAGUAGCGACGACCUUAUCACACGGCCUUCUUCUCAUGAUACGUGCAAACCGCAGCAGCCAUCGCCAUCGCCGUCGCCUUUUCCUCCUCCUCCUCCUCCUCCUCCUUCUCAACACCAGGAACAACAGGAGCAGCAGCAGCAGCAGCACUCUCUAGGAAUGUUGAUCUCUUCCUCCUCCUCCUCCUCCUCCUCCUCCUCCUCCUCCUCCUCUUCUUCUUCUUCUUCUUUGGUUGGAUUGAUAGGAAGUGCACCUUUAUGUCAGGAGGUCGGCGAUGGUUUCUGCUUUCAGAUGGGAAAGAACAACGCGAAGGGGGGUAUCGAAAAACGAGCUCCACCAGCCGAUUGGGCAAUGACGUGGCAAUCGGGACACGCAGAAAUGAUGCCGAUUAUUGAUGACACCGAUCGAGCUCGAGAUAGCGCUCAACUGCCACAAGAGGCUCGACUAAAGGAGAGGGAGGCGGUCGUCUUCUCCCAGGCACUUGUACCUAGGGAAGCCAUAGCCACAACCAAAGAGGAGAGGAGCCGCGUGGCAGCCUUUGAUCAACAGAUCUCAACGAACACGAAACGGGCACAGCUGGAGGCGAAAAGGGACGAGGAGAACGAGAAAGUUGUUGACGACAACCGUAAUGGCGACAAUUGUAACGGCAAUGAAUACGAGACACCAGCAAAAUUGACGAGAGCAGUUCACUCGGAGCAUGCAGGGGUUAAGGCGACGAAGGGAGAGGGGAAGCUGUUGGGAGAAGGAGAGUCGUCAUCGUCAAGGGGAAGGGGAGGAGAUGGGAGAUGGGGAGGAGCGGGGCAGUCGUUGGGAGAAGAGGGGGUGGUAGCAGUGCAUGAAAGUGCACUGUUGAGCUGUGCAGCGGAUUCUGCAGAGAGCUCCCCGUCACCGACACGUGGCAGUGUGUUGGUGAGCGGCCACGAUGAGCUGCAGACAGCUGGAUCUGAACAAGGUGCAGGGAAGCAGGCACCCUCCCCUUCGGAUGCCCAUGGAUCCGUGCACAUUACACCAACCAGAUGUAAUCAUGACAGCAGUGAAGUGGCAGAAGAGCAGGGAGGUAAAGGAAGAAGAAGGAUCGCAGUGCAGAGGCAGACCUCUUGGGAGGAGGAGUCGCCGGGGUCUGGAGAUGGACUCAAAGUCGUCGUUGGUGGACGACGGAGCAAGAGGAUUGCUGUGCAGACGACUGCCAAGGAGGAGGGAUGGCAGGAGAGAAUUGCGGGACCGGAUGAGACAGCAAUGGCAGCAGAAGAAGAAGGGAAAGAAGAGAGAGCAGAAGUGAGGAGUGUAGGAAGAGAGACCACCACGGAUAGGAUCGCCGAGGGGGAGCAGGUCCGACUAAGCCGGUGGAUUGACCAGUUUAGCAAGCAAGGGCUUGCUUAUGAGCUGUCCGACAAGUCAGUUGGAGUGCUGUGCAGAGAUGGAUCAAAGAUUAUUUUGUCUCCAGAUGGCAGUCAAUAUGUCUACUUUCCUGCAGACACGGCUGCAGGGCUCAGUCAGGCAACGAAACCGACGACGGAAUCUCCAGCGACCAUUCCUGCUGCGCAUGCCUCACGGAUGGUCGAGUCCCACGGGCUGAGCCAACAAAUGUUGGCCAACGCCAAGCAAGCAAUCGGCGCCGACGGUUUCCACCGCAUUCCAUCAUUCUCGUCAUUCUCUUCAACAUCCACAUCAUCAUCAUUAUCAUCAUCACCAGCAUUGUCACCAGCAUCACACAGUGAGGGUGCCUGCAGAUCAUGCUCAUGUGCUGUUCAAAGCGCAGUCUCUGCCGAGGUGCAGGACAAGUUGAGAUUUCUGCUGUACGUGAAGAAAUGCUUUGCGGCAGGAGAAGAUAGGUGGAGGCCAUUCCGUGCAACAAAGGGCACUUUGGACGAGAAUGACCAUCUGAAGAACCGCCGUUUCGUGAAACCAGUUCAAUGCUGCAGCGUUUGUAUAGCUGCUGCCUUUUCGGGCGAGCUUGUUCAUCUCAAGAAAUGGCUACGAACUCGACAAGCGAACGUCUUCAGACUGAGCAACAACACCAUUCAGGUGUGUUUCGACGAUGGCUCGGAAGUCAUGCUUGAAAAGGGCGUUGACCAGGUGGUGUACGUGGCCAAGGACAGACAGGCGAUCACUGUGCAUAGUGUAAGAGAAAACAGGUUGUCUCUUCCCGCUGGCUUGGUGAGGAGACUCAAGUACACACACCAGAUUUUUGCGUACCUGGCUUCUGAAGGCCCGUUGUGAUAUAUUGGUCUUUCUGUCCGUGUACUAUUUUUAGACCGUAGAACUGUGAUAUUCCAUUUAUCCGAUUCGUUCAAUCGACUUCCCCUCGUUUUGAGUUCCCCGUCACUGGCAUCUGCCCGGCCUGUGACUCAGCCUGACGACUGCGUAUUCACAAUUCUUUUCUGACUACCUUCUGCAUUGCGUGCUCGUGUUCUCGAUCUCUCUGUAACUUAUUGCACCUUCCCCUCUCGAUCCGCCCGCACCUUAUCCAUUCAAUCUGUACCUUAUCCAUUCAAUCCUCGCCUUAUUCACAUUUUUUUCUCAGCGCGACUAACACACCAUCAGUUUGUACCCUUAUUCAGAUACCCUUACUUUGUUUCUCAUCCUCCAGCACCGAUCCAGUCGGCGAAUUCGAUCCUCACUUCUCUCUACUUUCUUACCCUCUCCGCUGCUACCUCCGCUUCCUCCUCCUCUCCCCUAGUUACGCCUGUGGGCUCCUUGACGCCAGUUCUUGCAUAUUGCAAAUCCGUGUUUUGUUAUCCCUUAUUUGCAAAUCACGGGCCAACAUUGGGAUCGAGUUGCAAAUCAGUGGUAACCCCCCCCCCCCCCCCCCCCCCCCCCCCUCCCUGGAGAAGAUUGGGGAGAAUGGGAGCCAUUCUCUCCACCCUUCUACCUACGAAGACUGGCUUAUGGGAGAUCGACUUCCCUCCACGGCAAGAAAAGUGACGGAGAAGCGUACUUGGAUGGCAUGUAAGCUGCUGGUGUGACUGGCAACGGGGCGAUCAAGGUAGUUAGUAGAUUUUGCGGAUGCCGGUGGAUGGAGAAGGUAUCCUUUGUAUGAUUUCUGCGAGCACCUGAUAUGUCGCACACCACCGAAGGAUCAUUCCUCCCUUUGGUUACAGUGCCGCAGUGCGUGGUCCAUGUUGUGGGUCCAUGUUGUUGUGGGUCCAUCUGGUGGGUCCAUCUUGUGGGUCCAUCUUGUUGUGGGCCCAUCUUGUGGGUCCAUCUUGUGGGUCCAUCUUGUUGUGGGUCCAUCUGGUGAGUACAUCUUGUGUGGGUCUGACAAGAUGGAAUUGUGGAACGGCUGACAGAACAUCCGAAGAACUGAACCAACAAGUGUCCGCUGUGCUGGCUGUACUUUCGACCGCAUCAGGACUGGAUGCAUUUACUCCAUCCCUUUGCUUCGAACUUGGUGCAUGUGGAAGACUUCUGUACGAGGAGAGAGAGGAGGAGGGAAACGUUGAGGCAGGAGGGGAGAAAGGAUGUGUUGACACGAAAGGAGGAGGGGUGUGAAAGGAGGAGGGGUGUAUUGAGGGGAGAGGAGCCACGAAAGGAGGUGUUGUAGAUGAUACAUAUGCCUGGGAUCUCCCUGCACUGGAGACGGUUUGGUCGUAAAUGUGCUUUCGGCUUUCGGCUUUCGUUGCAAUCUUGUAAGAGGGAGAGCAAGAGACAUCUGAAGGAGUACGUGACAUGCAGGUUUGACUUCUUUCGGAAUUGAAAUCGAAACUGCUGUCCUGACAUCCAACAUGCCUGUCGAGGACAGCCAGUUGUAGACAUCGGUAGAGAUGGGGUGGACUGUAUUGUCACAGAGAGAGAGAGAGAGAGAGAGAGAGAGAGAGAGAGAGAGAGAGAGAGAGAGAGAGUUUGGUGGUGUGGCGGUUUUCUGGUGCUCGUUUUUACGUUUUACUUCUAAUUUUGAGAAUCCUUGUGUAUUUAGCGUCUGUACAUUUGUGUGUUUUCUGGGUACGAAAUAGGAGUCCAUGUGUUAAUCAUGGUUAAUGUGCUUUUCAGGUGUGCGUUCGUUUAUGUUUUUUCUUCUCCCUUUUUCUUUUAAUUACUCCAUCAACCCGGGAUUGUUCCUCUUACACUGAAUUUCGUCUUAAAGUUUCUGUGGGUGGACUGAAAUGAGCUUUUAUC